AUGGACAUUGAUCCAGAUACACUUAUUAAUGAAAUUGUUUUGCAUCCAAUAUUGUGGGAUCAAAAACAUAAAGCUUAUCACAAUCGUUACCUGGUCGAAAAAGAGUGGGAAUGCUUAGAAGCCGCUAUGAAACAACCAAAAGAUCUAUUGAAAAAGAAAUGGAAAUAUAUUCGAGAUCAGUUUCGGAGUGAAUACAAAAAGAUACUAGUAGCCAAAUCCGGAGAUCCUGACAUAUCUGAAGCUCAGUACGAACUGUAUACAACAUGGGCACACUUCAAAUCGUUAUUGUUCUUGAAAGACCAAAUAAAACCGCGUAAAAUUAGUGGAAAUUUAUCCAAAUCUACAACUUGUGAAACACCCAUAGUAGACUUUGACAAUUCCACACAAGACUCUGCGGAAAACACACAAUUUAUUAAUGUUAAAAAUGAAUUUACUGACUAUGAAUUGACGUCUAAUACACCAGUAGCGACACAAGUAAAUAAAAGGCAUCACAGCAGCGCUGAUGAAAUGUUGACUCUUGAAGAACGAAAACUAGAAUUGCUGGAGAAAAAGAUACGAAUUUCAAAUGAGCGUGAUGAUGAUGAGUUAUUCUUCCAAAGUAUAUUACCCUUUAUGAAGCUGCUGGACUUGGAACAAAAGUUAAGAUGUAGAAUUGACAUACAAAAUACCAUUUACAAUUAUGCGUUUUCCGAUACCAAAAACAGGUCUGUAAAUAUUGAUGGGAACAGCACAGUGUUAAACAAUAAACUAGAGACAAAUUAAAAAAAUAAUGAAAAAAACUAAAAAACAGAUUUCUUGUUCUACCAUAUUUCAAUAUUUUUUAAAUUUUCAACUGAAAUCCUUUCCUUUUUGCAAACUGUAUAUAGUAUUUUGCAUUAUUAUUGUUUUAUUUUAUCAAAUAAAAUUAUUGUUUACCUUAAAAUGCGUAUUUAUUUCCCAUACGGUGUGAAGGGAUACUUUUUUAAGCAAAAUAUUCGAAUGCAUACAAAAACGAUUCGUAUAAAUCCAUCGUUGAUAUUGAAAUCUAAAACACCAAGGCAACAGCUUGCCUAACGUAAUUCUUCAUAAGUAACGAGCCACUUAUUUUAAAGAUUUAAAAAAUACAUCCAAUAUGGACAAGCAUAUACAGAAACUUUUGGAGGAAAGGUCGUUCACAUUGCAGAGCUUGAGAUGUUUACAGAUCAAUGUGGUACAUUUGUUUUUCAAAUGAUUGUUUUUGAUUAUUCGAGUUAUAUACAAAUUUACCAAUUGUAAAAUUUACCAGUGUAAUCCUAAUACACUUUUGUUAUAUGCAAUAAAUACAAUUGAUUACAAAUAACAAAAAAAUAAUAUAGCCGUUAAAGUGUAUGACGCGCAAGCGCAAUACCAACUAACUCGUCACUAAUACAUUAAUAUUGAAAUGCAUGUGUUUAAAACUUUUUUUCUAUUCUUUAUUCUCCUCCACACACAAUUACUGCAGUAUUUCAGUGGCUAUUAUCAUUCUAUUUUUGUAAAAAAUAAUAUAAACACUUUGCUUUUGCCAGCUGCAAUAGCUUAAAUACACUGUUUAAAGUGUAACUAUCCUACUGUGUCCCGCUUAGAAGAAGAAACCAAGAAUUUUGCCUCCCAAAUGUUUUCGUCUGGCCUCCUCAUGAUCCAUGAUACCGCCGGAUGUGG